AUGAAUCCCUCAAAAGUAGAAAGUAUUGAUAGUACGCCAAAUACGGAACAAAGUAGCAAUUCGACGAGCACUCCAAAACAGUUUCUCCAACGAUUUCUUCAAUCGUACCUCUUGAUUGGUCCUGGUGAGAACGUGCUCACGAAUCUCGCGUGCGUUAACACCGUAUGCCUUUUAUUCGUGUUCUGGUUUGUGUUAAUUACAAGCCUAUUGUAUACCCCCCUGAUCAGGGAUAAAAUCGAGCUUGAAUUAAAUGUUUGUGGAGAGAAUCCGGGGGGAGGUUGGAUCUCGGAUUGCGAGUCGGUAGAGAGCAUUACCAAUAGAAUUGGCUUUACAUUAGCGGUGACUUUCAUAACUUUGGCAUUAAUUAGCCUGCCCACACACCCCGAGAGAGUGCACCAGGGAUUUUGGUUGGCUAAAUUUCUACUCAUCUUAAUUCUGUUACCAAUAAGUUUUAUGAUUCCAGUUGGUCAUUUUGACUUCGUGUGGAGCAUUAUAUGUUUUAUGGGGAGUUUAGUGUUUCACUUCAUCGAGACUGUAUUGAUUUUCGACUUUGCGACGAUUGUGAGUGAUGUUUUUGUAAUAAAAAUUACUCAAGAACGUUCAAGGUUAUGGUAUCUUGUAUGGUUGAUUCUAAACUGGAUAAUAUAUGCACUAGCAGUUGUGUCUACGUUGAUGUUAUACGCGUUCUACACAGAUGACUGUGGUUUGAGCCCUAUUCUGGUAACAGUCGUGUCUAUACUGUGUGCUUUGUUCACUCUGCUCGCUGUAUACUUCAGUGAAAACCGUACAGGAUUUCUGCACUCGGGUUUAUGUACUUUAUACAUCGUACUUCUAACUUUGGUAACACUCAAUCAUGAAGGAUUUUGUGAGGAUCAAACUACAAACGUGCAAGGUGGAACCAAAUUAUCUGACGAAAUUCUCAAACAUUUCGAAAUUCUUCUCGGAUUUUUACUGGUAACCUACGCCGCUCUUAGAAAUUACAACGAAAAAUAUUAUCAUAUCGGUGGCUUGACUAUCUCGCGGCAACUGAUAGCGAGAAGAAAAAAUGGAUCAGCCGAGGAAGAAAGUUUCAAUUCACAAAAAGAAAUGGACAUUCCUGUAUUUAGCCCUUCUGCAUUUUCGGCAAUGUUUGGUUUCUUUGCAUUUUUUGCCACGUCAAAAUUGACUUCGUUAAGAACAGCAAAAUAUAGCGAGCCGACAAUUCACGACUCAACGACAUUUCAUGUGAGAUCUUUAACUCUACUCCUACUUCUUAUUUUAAUCACCUGGAGUCAACUGUUUCCAGCUGUGUACCCAAAUGAAAACCCCUUUGAUUUGUGGGCUCUUGGAAAAACGUUUUUAAAAUCUCAACUGAAACUUUGUCGGCGUAUUUUGAUAGACGGAUGUGGAUGGUGUAACGGCCCAGUUGCAUCACGGAUUAUUUUCACUGCACUUUACAUCCUGGGAGUUCUAUUCUCAUGUUUGUUAUAUAUACCGGAAAUACGUCACAGUCUGAGUAAAAGCACCUAUUUCUGUGCAACGAUGAGCACUCGCGGGGUUUGUUUAAGUACCGACCCAGCCUACAUGGCCGUGUAUCGCGUGUGUUUUGCCAUGGCAACUUUUUUUCUUCUAUUUGCCGUCAUCCUUGUUUGCGUCGACAACACGCGAGACCCACGCGUGGAUUACACUCAUGACACAUGCGUUAAUAACGCGCAAGACCCAAGCGUGGAUAACACUCAUACUUCACGCAAGGACAACACGCAGAAUCCACGCGUGGACCUGCAAUACAAAGCUUGGCCGGUGAAAAUCUGUUUAUUCUGUAGCCUGUUAUUGGCUAGUUUUCUGCUUCCAAAUGAGUUCAGUCGAGUUUGGAUCUACACUGCUCUUAUUGGAACUUUUUUAUUUACCAUACUACAACUGAUCUUACUAAUAUACUGGACUAAGACUACCACGACAAAUUUUCAAGAGAAGAUCGAAAGCUCUAAUUCACGAAGCUGGGCAAUUUUGCUAAUAUUUUUAACAUUUUUUAUGAUUUUCCUCUCUCUAGCCGCAGUUGUAAUGUUUUACGUCUUUUUCACAAAAUUCUCGCGCUGUUUAACGAACACAGUCUUUAUAACUUUAAAUCUCAUCUUAGUCGUAACGACUUCGCUUAUCUCCGUACAUCCGAAGAUUUACGAUGCUGGUUUACUUCAAUGCUACGUCAUCGUUAUUUUCUCGCUUUAUCUCACGUGGUCUGGUUUAUCACAUAACCCGGAUGAAGAGUGUAACCCGGUUGCGGGCUACAUUGCUGAAGUCGACAUGCGUCCUAACCUUAAUAUUCAGGCUGGGCUAGAUUUAGUCUUCACUUUUCUUACAGUUGUAUACUUCAGUAGCAAGGCACCUUAUAUAAGCGAAAGCAUGCGAACUGCUUACGACACUUUACGAAGUAUCUGCGACUCUUCACGAAAACGGGAAACCUCGAUCGGGCCUAUGUCAGUGAGAGAAAUGGAAUCCCAAACUACACUGUAUUACCCAGCAUAUAACUUUACGUUGUUUCAUGCUGUUUAUUUCUUAGCGUCGCUUCACGCAACUAUUAUUUUGACAAAUUGGUUUAUUCCCACGAGUGGCUCUCGUUUUAAACUUUCUGUAAACUGGGCAGCCAUGUGUGUCAAGAUGACUUGUAGUAAUUUAUCAUUAGUUCUAUAUGUGUGGAUCAUUGCAGCGCAACUUUUUACUCAAUAA